UGCAGAACCGACUGACUUGUGUUUUGAGCAGUACGUGUCUACAAUAUAUAUAUACAACGUAUAUAUCUUAAGUGUUUUCAUCGUGAGGUGACGCUUUUUUUUGGAAGAAUAAGAAAGCGCUAACUCACCAAACUGCAAAAAUGGAGGACGACGCUCCUGUCAUUUAUGGUCUUGAAUUUCAGGCACGAGCACUAACUGCCCAGACAGCUGAAACUGAUGCCAUUCGUUUCCUCGUGGGCACACAGUCUCUGAAGUUUGACAACCAGAUCCACAUCAUUGACUUUGAUGAUGAGAAUAACAUCAUUAAUAAGAAUGUCCUUCUGCACCAAGCUGGGGAGAUAUGGCACAUUGGCGCCAGUCCUGCAGAUAAGGCUGUGCUUACCACCUGCUAUAACAAAACUAGUGACAGCAGGGUGGUGUCCUGUGCUGCAGUGUGGCGGAUGCCCUCCGAUUGGGAGACAGGAAGCCACGAGUCACCUGACGACUCCGCCCACAACCCCCAAACCCUGGAGCUGCUCUGUCACCUAGACGACAGCGCCCACGGCAACACUUCCUGCGUGCUCUGGGAGCCCAUGGGGGAUGGCAAGCAUGUGAUUUCAUUGGCCGAUAACCACGCACUACUCUGGGACCUGCAGGAGAGCUCCACACAGGCCACGGUCUCCAGCACCGCCACCCUGGAGGGCAAAGGUCAGCUCAAGUUCACCUCCGGCAAGUGGAGCCCACACCAUAACUGCAGCCAGCUCGCCACAGCCAACGACACAGCCAUCAGAGGCUGGGACCUUCGCACCAUGAGUCAAAUUUACUGUAUAGAGAACGCUCAUGGCCAGCUGGUGCGUGACCUGGACUUCAACCCCAACCGGCAGUACUACCUGGCCAGCUGCGGAGACGACUGCAAGGUCAAGUUCUGGGAUGUCCGUAACGUCCAGGAACCUGUCAAGACCCUGGAGGAGCACUCGCACUGGGUUUGGAGCGUCCGCUACAACCACAGCCACGACCAGCUGGUGUUGACAGCCAGCAGUGACAGCCGCCUCAUCCUCUCCAAUAUGGUGUCCAUCUCCUCGGAGCCCUUUGGACACUUGGUGGACGACGAGGAGCUGAGCGAGGGCGAGGACAACCACCAGGACGACAAGGGUAAGGAGCCCCUAAAAGACAGUGUGGUGUCCACCUACGAGGAGCAUGAAGACAGCGUGUACGCGGCAGAGUGGUCGUCGGCCGACCCGUGGCUCUUCGCCUCGCUCAGCUACGACGGCCGCCUCGUCAUCAACAGGGUCCCCCGCGCCCUCAAAUACCGCAUCCUGCUCUGAGAGGGUGGGGAGGGACAGGUCAGAUCUGAGUGUGUGUGUGUGUGUGAGAGAGAGAGAAUUUCACAACAAACAUGUACACAUUCUUUGCUACUACAGUACUACAACCAUUAGACAUUCCAUUAUACUCUGGUAAGUCCAAUGUACAAGACAAACUACAUGUGAUGCUCGCAAAAGGCAAAGAAUGUCUGUGUGUGUGUGUAAUGUAAAUAUAGUACAUAUGUUUCACUGAUCACUGUAAACAAAACAUCUGUGCUGCUUAUGGAAAUUAAAGUAAAAAGAUGAUACCUGGA